AUGACCCAAACAUAUCCUUUCCUUGCUUUUGUUUACUUUAAUGGUGUGAAACCGCCACUUCAAUUUAGGUUCUCCGAGGGCACCCAUCUCGCCGAGCUGAUUUCCAUACUGAAUUCUAUUCUGCAAUAUCCAGAAAAUCGGAAGGUAGUUAAGCUCGAGUAUCGUUCACCAUCAUCUGACCCUGAAGGAAAGGUACAGUUCACCCAGUUUGUAUUGAAGACGAUUGACGAUUUAAAGGUUAUGUGGCGUGCUUUUCGUCAAUACUCUACUAAGGAUCCGAUUGAAGUGGAUGCAAAGAUUCAGAGAUCGGGAGAAGAUGUUAUCAAAAUGUUGCAACAUACUCAAUUACUUGUUUAUAACAACAUGUAA